AAAAAUGUAAAAAUGAAAUAAAAAUAAAGAUAAUUCUGCAUAAGGUAUGCUAUUAUGUGUUUUUCAGAUCUGAGUUAAAAACUAUGAAGAUGAAAGCACGUGCCCACCCACUCUCCCGCGCGCGCGCGUGGUCUGUAAAAGGGUGGAUCGGUCAGUCAGCUGAUGACUAAAACACUCCACUCCAUCUCUGCGCUCCAUUUCGUCACACGAGCGAUUCUCCAGCCAAUUACGCGCAAUGUGGAAGAUUUCAUCCAACCGCUGGAGGACGGCUGACAAUUUAGAGGGAUUUCUCUUGGAAAUGCGUCCUCUGCGCGCACCUGGAACCACCGGAGACAUGGCGAGGAGACAGACUGCUGCCACUUUUCAUUUAUGAUACUCAGCCGAGGGGUUUUAUUUCCUUUUUCUUCAGCAUUUUUCCUGUGAUGGGGAGAAGCGCGCGGGGCUGCGCUGCUGUGAUCCUGCUGGCCAUCGUUUGCUCCUGCCGUGCUGCCACACUGGAGUCUAUCCUGUGGAGCAGCUCCAAUACAAAAUUUAAAGCUGGAAGGGGACUGGUGCUCUUCCCUCAGAUAGGGGAUAAGAUGGACAUCGUGUGUCCGCGGGCAGACGGGUCUGCUGGGGGGAGCAAGGAGGAGUUCUACAAAGUCUACCUGGUCUCUCGAAGUCAGCUGGAGAGCUGCUCGAUCGACAAGAUGGACACCCCCCUGCUGAACUGUGACAAGCCUUACCGGGACGUGAAGUUCACCUUCAAGUUUCAGGAGUUCAGCCCCAACCUGUGGGGGCUGGAGUUCCUCAAGGGGAGGGAUUAUUACAUCACCUCCACAUCUACAGGCUUUCUGAGAGGUCUGGACAACACCAACGGAGGGGUGUGUCGGAACAAAUCAAUGAAGCUGGUGUUAAGAGUCGGCCAAAACUCUUCAGAUCCACCAUCCACGCUUCAGGAGUCUCCGACCAGAUAUCCACCCACACCGCCCAAGUCCAAGGCCAAGGAUGCCUCCAUGAAAGAAAAGAACAUUAAAAAUUUGGGCCUGGACACGGGGCAAACAAACCCUGGCGGGAUCAGCGGCUCCAGGGCAGGACUCUUUAUUUGGAUCGUCUCCGGCUGUGUCACACUUCUUGUGGUUAUUACCAUUCUGCUGGUUGUGAUGUGGAAGUACCACCAGCGCCGCUGUGUUCCUGACAGGCAGCAGCAGCCUGCCUCCUUGUCCCUCAACACUCUGGCUGUGCCGAAGCGGGACAGCAUCAGCAGUGACAACAUCGGCUCCGACCGAAGCGACAUCGUCUUUCCUCUGCGGGCCUCCGAAAGCAUGAUCUGCCGUCACUACGAGCGCGUGAGCGGUGAAUACGCGCCCCCUGUGUACAUAGUCCAAGAGAUAAUGCCCCACAGCCCCACCAACGUCUACUACAAAGUCUAAUGUCUCCUGGCAAUCUUUUACUCAAUAUGUGGAAUAACUUGUAAAAAAUCAAACGUGUGGACUUCCAUGGCUGCACCUGCCAACUGUAGGAAGCUGACAUGAAAGCUGUGUUUCCCUGUCCCCAUGUGUCAGACAGCUUACCACUCUGCAGGGGCUUCACAGGAAGUUUCAUUUUCCAAAGUGAAGAGACAAUUCAAGAGAAAACGUGUAAGAUUCAGUCUGAAUCUCACAUGACUUGCAGAGAGCAGCGGUUAUUUAUGAAAAAUGCAUUUAUUUAUUUUGAACGAUUCAGUAUGUGGCAGUUGAGUGUUUUAUUUAAUUUAUUCUCAAAGGAUAAGAUGGGAUUAAUGUGACGGAUUUUCCAUGGUUUAAAUUCUGCAAACAAUGAAAAUACUGUCAAGUGAAAAGAAAAUUAAAUGGUUUUGAUUAAAGAAAAAAUCUAUCAAGGUGUCCAAACCUUCUUAUUGAUGCUGCAUGACUAAAAACCAGUGUGGAUUCAUAACUCCGGAUCGAUGUAACAGGAAAAGGAAACCGAGUGACAAACUGGUAAAAAAUAAUAGAGAAAUGAAAGUUUUCAUCAAGAAGGAAACAGCUGGAGGCACUUUUGUGGUUUUUGCCAACAUGCUAAACGAGAACUGUUAGGCCACAGAGGCACAAACACGCGUGCCUGUUGCAGCUCACUCGUGCUUGCACAAAAACAGCCAAUUCAUUGCAUUUUAUACAAUAUUUGACUCUUUUAACUAAAAUAGAUUCUCCAAUUUUUCACUCAAAGCAGAUGUAAAUUAUGUUUCAUUGGUGUUUUAUAUUAGAGCCCAUCAGUAACCUUUAGUACUUCAGUUCUUAUGACUGGAGUUCAGUAUUUUAGUGAGUCAAGAACUAUUUGAAAUGACUGAAAUGUGUUUUGUACUAUUUUUUGAGUUAUUUCCAGAUAAGUAAUUAGAUUAUCACGGCCAGUUCAGUGUCAUGAAAGAAAAGACUUACUUAAAAAAAUGGUCCCUCAACAGAAGUAAAAGGGAACUGUAUAGGAAAAAAAAAUAAAAAUUAGUACAAGUGUGGAAAAAAGUGCUGCACGGUGUUGGAUUUUUUUUUACAUUUUUUGAUAUGCUAAUAUUUUUACCAUGUUGAGACCAAUAACUUGUGUAGAAAACUUUUGGAGAAAUGUUUUUCUUAUGCAAUUCUAAUUAUAUAUAUAUUUUGCAGUUAUCAAGAAAUACAAAUUUUGUGCCAGUAAUGUGCAUCCCUCACAAUAAAUGUACAAAAGUUACAAAAAUGUAACUUUACAGAUACUGCCCACUUUACCUGAGUAACAAUACUUUAAAUAUAAAUCUACUAAAGCAUAAAAAACAAAAAAAA